AAUUUUCAGUGUGAUAAAAUAGCCACCAUGGGUUGGAACUCUCUUCGGAGCCGAACAGUGUCAGAUGAUACCAAAAUGUUGAAUGAAAUGGACAAUGUUCCAGAAUCAAAAUCCGCAAUUAUUCGAAAUUCUGAUGGUGCCUUAGGUGGCUUUGUGUCAAUGAUCAGUUAUGCGACAAAUCAGGCUUACUGUUUGGCAGCUCAAAUCGAUCAGUCCAUUAAUGACAAAUACAUUAACAUUGAGCCAACCAAUGAUCCGGAGUGUUUUCAAAUCGUCAAUAUCCAGAAUGUAGCUGAAGAUAUAAGUCUGCUGCCGAUAUUCAUACAGGUGCAUCAUAAUCCCAAAGAGCGCUUGCCACUACAGCAUCUGAUUGAUCAAGCUGCUGAAAGGACGUUGGGACGAUUGAAUCUAGAUUUAAAAAAAAAUAUUACCGUCGAUCUAACUGAUAACGAUGAUAUGAAUAUUUGGAGGGAUAAAGCUGGUUUUGUUGUCAGAGACAAAGUGCAGUUAUGUGAGCUCACUGUCAAUAAAAAUGAAUUUCAGAAAACUCUCGAAACAGUUAAAAAUGUCAAAAUUUCGAAAUUCGAUGGCUCACAAAUGGGGAAACUCGUGAAAUUUGAUAAGACAGUGAGCAGUGCAAAUCGCAGUGGAUUUCUGAAAUACCUCUUUGAAGAUGCGAAUAUAUUGAUUGCUGAAAAUGAAGAAACAUCUGCAGUGGAUGGUUACGGUGUAUUCCGGGAAGAUCGCAUUCUUGCUGUAUACGCAAAUGCCAAGGAGACUGCUCAUGCCAUCACACAGGAAAUACUCCGAACAAUGAAUCACGAUAAGAUAAUGUUAUGUACAAUACGGAAUCGCUGGAGCAUUGAACACAAGCCAAAUACCCGUUGCAAACAGAUUAUUCGUCUUCAUACGCGUGCGCUAGUGACAGGCAUCAUGUGGGACCAAAUAUUUAUUUUAAACGCGGGCAUGAAUUUGAUCUGAAUAUAUUGAUCUGAGAUAAUGCAGUUGAAUACAAGCACGUUUUCUCGAACUGCUCACUUCACAGAUUGUAUAAACGGCAUUUCUAAGUACUUGAGGACUUACGGCAUGUUUAUAUUUGCG